AGUGCACCAAAAGAUGGGACACUGCAUUUCAGGAACCUUAGCAUCUCCUCUCUCAACACACACCAAAUCACUCAAAUUCUCCAGAUACACGCUUUCUGCUUCCAUUCAAAGAAACCAUACCCCACCCCCACUGAUAGGGAAAAAGGUAGGAAGAAGGCUGAUACGAAUAUCAACAGCAGAAGGGAAAUGGCAGGGAAACUGGAAUGCUGACUAUAGCUUCUCACUUCGAGACCUACGUUUGCAAGAUCUAGUUGAAGUUGGUGAUCCUAAUGAUGCACGAGUCUUCGUGUCCCUAUCUAUUCAUAGGCAUGCAGGGUUUGGACUUUCAGUCGAUGGGACAAUUGACACAUCAUUUACCAGAAAGUGUAGCAACUGCUCUUCUCCUUAUUGCAGAAAGAUUACUUCCAGCUUCAAUGUGUGGGUUCUAUCAUCCAACAAAGAUGGUGACUCGAAUCAACUACCUGAAAUUGGCGGCGAUGAUCCAUCAGUGAUCUAUGUGAAGCCUGGAUGUGAAGCAGAUCUUGACACGUUAAUACAAGACAAUAUUAGGCUCACUACUUCUGUGAAUGAAACAUGUUCAGAUUUUUGUGAGAAAUCAGAACUCGGAUUAAUUAAUCUUAACAAGGCAAAGACUACAACUGUUGAUAAGAGGUGGUCCAAAUUAUUAGAGCUAAAAAAAUUGUAUCAAUAAAAACAUUAUAUGAUCUAUAUGAAGCCCAGAAAAUCUUUUCGAGCACUCCUGCAAACAGAAGAAGAAAAAGAAAAAAAUUUGUAGCUCCAAAUUUUAGGCUGCAAUGUUGCCAUUUGUAUAUAUCUUCUUUCAUCUUGUUUUCUAUAUCUGUAU